AAUCAAUUCAGAAUGCCUUCUCAAAUCAGUCAGAAUUAUGACAAGGACUGUGAGGCUGCUGUUAACAAGCAGAUUAAUAUGGAGCUCUAUUCCUCCUAUGUUUACAUUUCCAUGUCCUUUUACUUUGACCGGGAUGAUGUUGCUUUGCAUCACUUUGUAGAGUUCUUCAAGCGGCAGUCAAAUGUACAUGCUGAAAAGCUGAUGAAAUUCCAGAAUAGGCGUGGAGGUCGCAUUGUCCUGAAAGACAUUCAGAAACCUGAGCAGGAUGAGUGGGGCAAUGGUCUAGAGGCAAUGCAAAAAGCUCUGCAACUGGAGAAGAAUAUUAACCAGAGUCUGCUGGAUCUGCACAAACUGGCCAUGGAGAAGAAUGAUCCUAAUUUGUGUGACUUUCUGGAGACCUAUUAUUUAGUUGGAAAAGUUGAGAGAAUCAAGGAAAUUGGGGAUCACAUCACCAAUCUGAAGAGACUGAAUGUCCCUGAGAAUGGCAUGGGGGAAUAUCUAUUUGAAAAACACACCCUGAAGAAGAGUGACUGA